CCGGCCGUUUCCAUGGCAGCGGGAGGGGGGAGGCCGAGGCGUCGCGGAGGCCAUGGUGGGUGGUUGCUUCGCUUUUGGAAACCGCCAAAGCUGAAGUACAGUGAUAAACGGGGGCAGGCAACCUGAAAAUGUCAUCCUAUUUGGCUCAGGAGGUUCACCUUGCUAGAAGACACGAAGAGAUACUGUCUCAGAGAUCAGUGCUGCUACAGCAGAUGGAGACUUAUCUAGGAGACAAAAAGACUAAAAAGACAUGGCAAACUCAAGCAGCUGAUGCAGCUCGUAAAAGGAAUGCAGCACUUUUAAAUCUCGGAGAAAGUGAGCCAGAGCCUAUUCUGGUUUGCCUGUCAACAGGAAUGGCAGCGGAUGGCUCCGUCCCCACCGGGCUUUGUGCCCCCAAGGCGCUGCCUGCCUGCGAGGCAUGGCAACCUCACCAGAGAGACCAGGUCCUGCUGCUGGACCGCUUCUGGUCUGGGAGUAUUCAAGAGUCAGCAGGGUCCUCAUCUUACCCAAAGCCCCUCGGCCACCAAGGCAAGUGAGAAAAUGCUGAAGGGGCGGCUGCAGUUCUCCUGCCUCGCUGUUGGAAGCAGCCGGUCUUCGCGUCGCAGCGAUGGAGCGAUGCGGUGUUUCGUUGCUGAAAACCAAACCCGAGAGAUGUCCCUUCUUCCUGGUUUGAGGUGGUGUACUUCUUCGUUUUGAAAGAGUGGGAGCUCUCAAGUUUUUCUGGUUUUGUUGUGUGUUUUUUUCUUUUUUUUCUUUUCCCCCUUAUUUUCUAUUUAGGAGAAAAGGUGGGAGGAAGUAGAGAAGGAGAAUAUAAUGGGGGGAUGGCCUUGUUCUCACUUUCCUACUGAAAACAUUUCAGAAAAAGGAGCAAAAAGCAGUGAAAAUGGGUAGAAGCCCACUUCAGUUUUGCGUUCCCAUUCCUUCCCUUUUUUGCUUGAAAGAAGGAUGGCCAAAAAAAAUAAGUGGGACAAACCCCACGUGUUUUGAAUUAUUCUCUUCUUAAUGAGUUAGAAAAACGUCUCAUUUCCAAAAGUAUGUGCUUUUUCCAUGAAAAAAAUCAAAUAGAGGAAGAACCUUUCCAAAGCCAAUACCAUUUGCCAUUCCCAGUCAUUUUACAACUCCCCACUCAGUGUUUUGCCAUUUUUCUGGCUAUGCCACGGCUCAUAUUGUUUGAUGUUUGCAUUUAUCUUUGCUUGAAGGACAUCAUUUUUGUAGACAUCUUUGUUCUCUGCAGAACAGGACUCCGCGGCGGUCUGCAAGGUACUGGGGGAGCAGUGGACGGCAGCAUGUCACCUCCUUCCAUCAGGACAAACCAGAGCCCCUCAAUGCAAGAAUCCCUUUUUAAUUUUUUCAUUUUAUUUUGUAUUUUUAUGAUUUCAGCCCCAGAAGAUGCGAUCUGAAAGAACCACUAAAAAAUCCUCCCAACGAUCAGAGCCCAAACUAAAAAGCCAGACCUAGUUCUUGCAGGAAAAAAACUUCCAUGCGCGACCCAAGUAUUCCCUGAAUGUUCAAGAACACCCACAAAUUCUAUAAAAAUAGCUGAUAAUUUAUUUAUUUGAUUUAAUUAUGAGCCUAGCUUGUGAUUUUGGGGUGGGGACGGGGGUGGGGCUGGAGUUAGUGAUGCUGAAAAAACACUUUAGAGAGAAACCCAGGCGAGUCGUCAGCUCUGCGGUGCCGGCGAGCUGCCCGGGCUCCUCCCGAAGGCACGCAGAGCUUUGUGGUGCCCACCGAGGGCCCUCAGACCCCUCGGGUGAGGAGGUGGCCACUUCUGGGUGAAGCUACGUGUCUUUGGUCCCACGGUCUGUGGAUGAGGCUGGUGUCCCAUGGCCAGCAUGCUUUCGAGGGACUGCCUCAUCUGUCCCUGCUGGUGUUAGUGAGGGUGGAUGCAUGGCAGCGAGCAUUAGCCCACUGGGCUGUGUGGCUGGAUGAGCCCUGGCACUGGAAGGGGGCUGUGGGACAUGUUCCUGACCCUUAUGGGAGGGUCUAGAGAGGGUCAGGGUACCGUGUGCUCUGCCCCCAGCAUGUCACGGGACCAACCCCUCAGUCCUCGCUGGUUCAGCGGGAUAGGAAGAAAUACCAGGCUCAAUAUCUCAUCGGCAUUCCCAGCCCUGUUCACUUCAAGCCUCCGAGCUCCUUCUCUCCUCCUUCCUUCCUUCCCCCAGGCUCUCCUGUCCAGCUGAAAGCCGGCGACAGGCCCCGACAUCAGCUGCUUUCGGAGCCCCCUCUCUGCCGAAAGCGCUCCUAAACGGUGCGGCCUUUGUUCCCCCCAGCUGUCGCAUCCUCCGGGAUCGGCAACAAGUCCUCGCUUUGCAGACCCCGUCUUGUCAGUCCCCAGGCUGAUCUGACCACCUGGUUUGUUUUUGAAGCGAGCGCUCGAGUCAUAACAUUUCUGUUUAUUUCAACAACUGUAUUCCUUGCAUAGGAAAUGAGCCAAGAUGGUCUAAGGCGGGGAGAGCGACGCAUGUCGUGGUUGUAAUUGCUUUUGCUCUCCCAAUAUCAAAUUUUACGGUAUAAUCAAAAUCUUAUUUUUGUACUACUGGACUCUGUUAUUGACUUAAUCUUCUUAAGUGCUCCUAUUAUUCCAGUGAUUUCAUCGUUGCAUGUUGAUUUUAAUCUUUUGAUCUCCAUAUUAGCUACUGCCUGCAACUAAUUUGUUGCUCAGUGUUUUUCUUUGUUUUGACCUGUGAGGCAUUUUCCUCAUGGCACACAACUCUGCUGGCAGAUUGCAUAUAAUCUCUGCACUUUUUUUCUCCCAUAUUUUGCAUAGUUACAACAAAUGCAGAUUUACAACUUGAAACGGAAUAUGUAUCUUCUGGGGAGGCUGAGCAAAAUGCCACUUAGCGCCUUCAGCUCGGGAGCCCAAAUGCGCUCGGCCAGGAGGAAAUGCCACCGGACGCAGCUCACCGGAGAGAGGUGUCGCUCAGGCUUCCGAGCCAAACAAGUUCAGAGCUGUUGGCACCUGCAGGAUUUGUAGCUUAAAUCAUACGCAGUCAGGUACCAAACAGUUUCUGGAGGCAUUGCAGGGUGAAGAGGAGGAAGGCUGGUUUUUGUGAAUGGUUUAGCUGGCCUCAGCUUGGCAUGGUGGAGGCUCUGUUGCCUCCUGACACCACGGAGCAUUUUUUACAAUAAAAACUGGUGGCGGUGGUGCUGGUGCAGUCUUGAACUUCACAAAGUGCAGAGGGUGAGAUACGGCUCAGCUGUGUUUCGUUUGGCCGCUAUACCAGCCCUUUUCCCUUGGUAGCUGCUGGUUUAACCUGUGCUGGUUUACUGGGGGCUUUGUUUGCUUUAGCUUCUUCUUUUAAAGCUUCGAGGAGUAAUUUUUGCCUUAGGUUUGCCGUGACUUUUUUUUUUUUUUUAAAGAACACAGACUGAACACUGACAAAAUCAUCUUUGCUUUGCUGCAUGCCUAUUUAUGCUUCUGAAACCAAAUUGUCUCCUAAUAUUUUUGACGUUUUGGUCACCAGAGAGGCAGAAAAGCAAUUUCUAAGAUGCCUAUGGGCCAGGAGACAUGCUUUACAGCAGAGGGGAAAGAAUCUGUUAGUUGCUGAGAUAUAAAACAAAUUGGAUGAACAGCUGCUGACACUUGUCAGUCAAAUAGUUGAUAGCAUUUUCAGUCUCCAUGCCACAUGCUUUAAGUAAGUCUGUCAAAAAAAGGAUAUUUUCGCUGGACUUCCCUGUAAAUAUGAGAGAAGUUUUGGCCUGAUCUAUCAUUUAAAAUUUUGCUGGCAGAGGAAUGAAAUUUUCCUCUUUUCCCCAAACUGAUUGACAUAACUGUACUGGCAGAUCCUUCAUCUAGGUGCAGUUGUACUGGCAGGAAGUCCUUUGACUGUUGGAGCUCGUUCCACUGCAGCAGCGGGUUGAAGUGAAGCCGGCAGCAGCUUCAGCAGAGGAGACCUUUGCGGCUCCUCGGCAGGGUUUGCCAGAGUGCUCCCGGCCACCAGCAAACCCUUUCAGAAGCUGCCCGAGGUGUAGCUUUGCCCUACAUGAGCCCGAGCCCCAUCCAAAGGAUAUCAUGUGGCUGAGGGGGCUGUAAACCCAGAUUUGUGUUGUUCAGGCAGCACCAGACCAUUUGGGGUGAUUCCUGCAGGAUUUAACCAAGAGGGCACUCGGUGCUCCUGGUGCAGCACCCGCAGGGGAUGGGGUUGGGCUGCCAGCACCACGUAACCAUCUGCAGGGGGGCUGGGGGUGCACCAGGCUCCUUCUCUUGGCUUCAUGCUGCAGGACUGGGAGGUUCAAUCCUGCCUUGCAGCAUCACUCGUGCACGAGUUCUUCACACCAAAGUUUGUAACUCGACGCUCAUUUGGGUCCAAACUCCCUAAAAGAAACGAUCUGCCUAAUGCUGCCUCUCUUAGGACACGCGGUCAGGCCUGGCAGAGCCUCAGGGCUGUUACGGAGUCCCUGAGCUGCUUCGCUGGGGUCUGAGGCCAUGUGAAAAGCUGUCACGGGCUGCAGGGUCGCUGCUGCUGACAGGGGAAACUCCGAGGAGCGCGGCCGUCCCCGCCGCUGCAGGGCGGCACCUCGGCGUGCUGGUGGUGCGCCGCCAGGGCUCAGCUCCCGAAGGCUGCGCCCACACGGCUUCAUUCAAAAAACUGAGCAGGGCUCACUAUUUUGAAAGGUGGCAGGUGGAAGUGGGCUGUGUUUUCACCCAAUAAAUAUUUCAUGUUAAAAAAAAAAAAAAAAAAAAGGGGGAGCCUGUUCCAGAGCGGAGUCAAGCUGUUUCUCUAGCUCUGCUCUGCCUGACGGGGAGCAGAGCUACCAAUUUGGAUUUUCCUCGGUGCUUUUUUGCUCCCACCCUGGUGCCCACCCCAGCUGAGGCUUUCCCAGUGCCCUCCUCUUGGAGGUGUUGCAGGUCGUAUCUGUGUCUGGGGCAGGAGAGGGAGAGGAAGAUGAGGAUGUGAGCGUGCAUAUGCAUAGCUCAGGAGCCCGGCUUCUGGUUGUGGCUGCAGGCUCCAAGCACAGAGAUGUCGGGAUAUAGGAAUUCUUUAUAUAUGUCCCACCGACAGGCCUGCAGAGGCACCUCCCCUGGUUUCAGAGAACUUAACUCUGCCUAAACCAUUAAAUUGCUGCCUUCAUUCCUCUGGGGCCAUAGGACCGAGCACUUGCACAGCUGUAGGAUGGGGAAGAGCUGUGUCGGUGGCCACAUUUCUGCCGAGGUCCCCAGAGGCUCCUCUCCCUGUCAGUGCUUCUGCCUACCAGCACUGUGGGCUGAGACAGGAACCAAGAUGUGAUCUGCAGGGUUACAGUAAGGGUUCGUAGCUUGCCUGUGCCCGUGCAUCAAGUGGCUUACACAAUGUAAAGGGUGCUAAAUGUGCCCACCACCCACGCCUAGAGCAGAGCCCGCUGAUGCCCUUGGCUCACCAUGCGUACACGAUGGGGCUGCAGGGCACCUCCAGAGCCAGGGGAUGAACUGCCAGGGUCCCCAAAUCAGGCACUGAGCUCCCGGCUCUGCAGCCAUCCCGGGACCCAGCACCCCACCCGGGCUGUUCCCAGAGCCCCCCCUUCCUUCCAUUCCUCCCUCGGCUUCUUUGGGAGAAGAGAAAAUAAAACUGAAGCCCUUUUUUUUUGCAGAAGGCAAGUGUCGGGUAAGGCUAAUUGCCGUGUAAUAACGGGGCUGUACCGGAGCAGGCCAUCAAUUAGAUGCCCAAGGCCAGCUGACAGGGUGCAGUCCCAGAUAGUGGUGGAAACGAGCGGGGCGGUGACAGCCCACGUGCCCCUGUACCUGGGGAAUGUAGGGUCCAGGCCCAGCCUGACCUCUGGGAACAAGUCUGGAAACCAGCUUCUAAAUUAAUAAACUGUAAAAACACCCAUGAGAAAAGAAAAUGCCUUUAUUCUGAGAGGUGGGGGCUCUUACAUCUCAGCUUGUAAUUUCUUUUUUUUUUUUUUCUAAGGCAGACAUAAAAAGACUCCAUAAUUUAUUCUUAGGACAUCUGAAUAGUUAUUUAUUGAGAAGCCACAGUUCUCACACUUUUACAACUGUCGGCUUGUAUAAGGCAAAAAAAGCAAGAUGGAUCACUAUUUUACACAGAAAGUAAAAGCUCUGGAAGGGGGACUGAUGGACAUGCAGUUACCGGUCAAAAUGCAAUGUACAUGACAUAUAUAAAAACCAUUGUGAAACAGAGGAAUUGUAAAUUAUGGUUACAAUCUACCGAAAUAAAUAUUCAAUAUAUUAUUAUAAACACAUUUGUAUAGUCUAAGAUUGUAAUUAAAGUUGUCUUUGUACAUACACGGUUAUUGGAAAUUUGAACAAAAAUGUAACAUUUAGAGGAGCAAACGUCAACAUAAAACAACUGCUUUGGACUUGUAAUGUGGCAUGAUAUAUCCAUAAUGAUAGGAUUAAUCUGGUGUGGCAAUUAGAAUGACUAAUCCUCUGGGAUGUAGCCUCUAUGGAGUUAACUGCAUAUUGAAGGGAAGAGCCUGAUAUAUUAACAGGGAUGCAGAAUGAUUCAAACGGCUGUCUGGGUUUGUUUGUUUUCUGUUUUUUAAAUGAACAGAGAGAACAAAAAAAUCAUUUGUAAUUGCCUCGUUUUUCUUUUAAAAACAAAGCUGUUUUUUUAAUUAAUUUUAAGCAGUUGGCAUCCACAGAAGAGAAACAAAGAAAUGAAAGGACUCGAUUCACUCAUCUUCACAACAAUUUACCAUCAAUGUAUAUACAGUACAUUAAUGAAGCAUUGUUUAAACUUUAAUUAUAACAGGGACACACCUAGUAUGUUUUCUAUGUAGUUCUCCAGUAACAGUAUUAAACAACGGUGCUCCAUAUUGCUUAUGAACAUAUAGAUAUGAAACCAGGAAACCAAUGAAUCAAAGAGAGGUGCUAACCUUAUUACCACACAGCUAACAUGGCAUUUGUAUUGGUAAACUUCUCAUGGGCGUUUAGAGCUGACAGAAAAAUUCCUAAUGUGGCUAACUGAGUUACAGACGAGGUACAUGCACGGACACCAGGCGAGCCCCGGGCGGUCCUGCAGGCCAGCUCCCCUAGUCGUCCUCUUCAUCCUCCUCAUCGCUGUCCUUCAUGGUGAUGCCCUGGAGCCCUCCGCCCUCGCUGACCGACGCCGUGGCCUCCUCUACCGUCAGCCGGUUCCGAAUGGUCUCGUAGGUUUUGCUGUUCAGGGUGGAGUCCAGCACGCCUUGCAAUCGGAAAUCCCGGUACGUUUUCUAAAGCAGGGGGAAGGAGGAGACAGAAGAGAGGUCAAGGCUGGUUUGGGAGCCACUCACGGAAGAGGCUGGGGUGCCAAGGAAAUCCCAGCCCCACUGGGCACAGUGCAGAGCCUCUGUGCAGUAGCAGGGGUCCCUCUAGGGCGACCAUGAGCCCCCUCGGAGCAACAAACUGUGUCUGUCUGACAGCCCUGCCUUUGUGGGACCUGCAGGUGGGCUGGCUGCAGGGCUGCUCAGGGGCUUCAGAGGAGUGAGGACCAGAGAGAGCUUUAAAAAACGUAUGCUGGGGUCUAAAAGCACAUCCAAGCAGCAGAGGGAGGCUCUAUUGGACUCACUUUCCUGGCUUUAGAUGCAUUCAUCUGCCUGCAAGCGAAGUUAUUUUUCUUCACGCAGCAGAAUGCCUAUCGCCUGUAGCUGCGGACGUGAUUACACGUUCCUGGAACGCUCUGUGGUAAAUAAUCCUACCUACAGGAUUGGGAUUAAAUACGCUAAGUCCGGGAUACGGGAGAAAAUUGUUCAUGUAUAAAGAUAAGCACAUGGCAUGUAUUUCUUAAAUCUCUUUUUCUUCACCUGAUUCUGAAACUGGAGUUGCAUUUCCACAGCUAGCUGUACUUCCCUUGUUAUCACGGUUAAUUUCCUUGCAUGUGAAUUUAUGUUUAAAAACUUCUUGACUCUGUGUGAUAAAAACUCUGGUCCCGUAGUUCAUGUAAUUGUGCUCUGUGCUCUGCAUGGGAACUAUUUGCUGUUCUACUGUUUCAGAAAGUCAUUGGAUUUGUUGUAGCUGCUUCUGAAAGUAAUAUUGGUUUAAAUAAAGCACAAGGAAGAAAGCUUUCCUCAGCUAGCUGACAAGUA